CUGCCAGAAAGAAGAAGACUCCACUUCUGUGACGUCAGUUAUUCAUAAACAACAUAGCUAGUGGGCUUUCUGCUACGGUAUCUGGUUAGUUUGUUUGUUUGCUUGCUUGCUUUAAAUAUGCUGAAAAAGAAACCAAGUGGUUCGGAAAAGAAGAGGAAAAACUCGCACUCCGAAGAACGACAGAACAGCAACAAACGCCGCAGCUCUGAGUCACAAUUAGAGGACUCCAAAGAUGAGCUUGCUGACCCCGAGCUGGACCGGGUCGGCAGCGACAUCGAGGAAGGCGGUCUCGACCUCAGUGUGCCCUUCCAGCCAAUCAAAGCUUACGUCGGCAACAAGCGGGAGAUGCUGCAGCAGUGCUUCCACGUGCUGGGGGAGAAGAAGGUCCGGAAGAUGGUGCCCGAUGAGCUCAAGCAGGACUGCAGUUUAGAAGAAAUCAAAACUCUCUGUUGGGAGCAGCUGGAACCGAUCUCGGAGAAAAAUCUCACUCAAAUUUUGGCGGGAGAAGAGAUAACAGCCGGAAACGGUGAUGGAGGGACUUUGGAGAGCCAACAGGAUAACAAUGUUGACUCCACUUCCUGCUUGAAAGAAGUCGCUAAAACCGAUGACGCAAAGCAAGCAGAGGGAGGUGGCUCUGGCGAGGAGAGCGACGUCCUGAGCAUAAACGCAGACGCUUACGACAGCGACAUCGAGGGGCCGAAGGAGGAGCAGGCCGUCAAAGCCGACGAGGUGGUCGCGAAACCGGACAACGGCGGCGGUGAGCGAUCUGACCAGGCCUCCGUAAACCCCAAGCCGGCAGCUCCAGAGACGAAGAAGGACAUUCAGAGUGACAUAGACAAAAGCGUCAGCGAAAUCUUAGCUCUCUCUUCAACUUCGAGUAAAGAGGAAGCUGCGGAAGAGAGCAGCGGGACGUUGCAGACCGCGGGCGGCGAAGCGGCCGCUCAGGGCGGAGCUUCGGUUUGUUCGCCGUCGAUCCAGCAGCUGGAGCUGCUGGAGCUGGAGAUGAGGGCGAGGGCCAUAAAGGCUCUGAUGAAAGCUGGAGACAAGAAAAAACUUUGUAUGACAAACAACAUUUAGCCUGUUUUGCUGAAAGUUGUGUUUAAUUCUUCCUAUGUAGAGCUUUUCACAUUCGACUUGAACUGAACUCGUAUGAUUUGAGUUAAGACUUUAUGGAAUGUCUUCAUCAAAAUAUUGUGUUUUUGCAUAUAAUAUAGUUAUAAGUGCGUUGUGGGAUCAGGGUUCCUACGCGGCUUGGAAAAGUCUGGAAUUCAUUCGCAGGUUUUCUGAGUCUGGAUUUCUGUGGAAAAAGAAAACAAAGUAUGGGAAAAUA